AAGGCUUUAUUGGGAUUUGGCCUACAGCAGGAGGAAGCAAAAACAAGUCACAGGUGCCUUGCUCGCUCCCCAGGAGGGGGCAAGCUGGCUCCUUAAACAUGGGUGCACUAUGGGAACAACAAAUGUCAAGCAAAAGAUGAAAGAAAUAAAGGGUGUUGGGGAAAAUGUCAAAGCAAGAAAAGACCAAGCAUUCCUCGGUUUGCCCCAAAGGCGAGCAGAAUGUGAUCAAACGGUUUUCUGCAUCCACAAAGGAGUCAAGGCAUUUACAUUCUGCAAGGGAAAGAACUUGCUGUUGACAGGUGGAAUGGAUCGGAUAAUUAGAAUCUGGAAUCCUCAUCUGCCUGGAAAACCAACAGGUAUGCUGAGAAGCCACACAGCUCCAGUGAUUUACAUCCAUGUGUCUGCUGAGGAUAACAAGAUAUUUUCCAUGUCCACCGACAACACUAUUAAGAUCUGGGAUCUGGAGACCAACAGCUGCUUGUUCACUGCCUCCUCCAAAGCCAGCGGCAUUCGGGGUGAGCCCGGGGCCUGCCUCUGUCUCCCCGGUCCCAGAGCUCUGUAUGUGGCCGCUGGUAUCCUAGCACUUCUGCACCUGAGGCUGAGUUCUCCCCAUGAGCCUCACCCAGUGGUUUCCCACAAGGAGCCUGUGGUAGGCUGCCGGUACAACCCCACAUUCAGGCAGGUGGUCAGCUGUUCAGAAGCAUCUGUGGUGAAAGUAUGGGACUUUGAAACGGGAAGACUGUUGUCUGAAUUUACUGGGGCUCAUGGCAAUGCUGCAAUCACCUGUCUGACCUUCGACUCCAGUGGAAGAAGGCUGGUUUCUGGGGGCAGAGACAGCUGUCUGAAAAUACGGAGCGACAGCAGUGGACAUUGUCUGCACACUCUGAAACAUGGGGAAAACCAAGGUGAAGUCUGUGAUUGUACCUACUUGGAAGUGAACCAAAAUAAGUAUAUCAGAGCAGUUGGAUGGGAGAGAAGAAUAGAUGUGUACUUUGACACACCGUGUGACUUUCAUCACUUCCGGAAGCCACAGCCACACUGGCAAGAUGACUUGAACCAUGGGCACAAGGAAGGCAUCCUCUGUGUGGCUCAUUGUCCACCUUCUCUCCUCGCCACCUCCAGUUAUGAUGGGGGGAUUAUCAUCUGGAAUGUCAUCUCAGGCCAUGUGUUCUGCAAGCUGAAUUCCCCCAGCUCCUCUGAUGGCACAGAAGAUAGGGAAGGCCCAGAAAGAAGUGUCUCCUGCCUCGCCUUCCUCAAGACUCGGGCAGCCAACUUGGAAUCAGCCUCUGCUUCGCUGAUGGCCAACAGGCCCCGAGGUUCUGUCACCUUCUGGAGGCUGUUCGGUGAGGCCCGUCCCAUUGCAAACUUCGCUCCUUCUAGAGACAAAGCCCUGGUCAGCAGCAUGGUGGUGACAGCGGGAGAUGCCUGUGCCUACGUGGCUGACCAGUGCGGCUUUGUGCACGUCUAUGACAUUGAGGAGUACAGCCUGCAGGGACAGGAGCUGCAGCCUCCCACAAAUGUGACAUUCUGGCGGGCCCACAUCAGCAUGGUGACAUUUUUGGAGCUGAUAGAAGAAGAAGAGCUUCUGCUCUCAUCCUCCCUGGACCGCACCGUGCGCCUGUGGAGCAGGGAUGGGGCGUUCAUCGGGACCUUUGGGCAGAGCAGCCCCUGGGAUAUUUUCACUCCUGCCUCCUGGAGCCACCCUAGAGUGCCCCAUGAAGUCCUGACAGAUCCCCAGAGCAUGCCUGCUCACCCAGUGCUAGAAGGAGCUGUUCCUGCCACGUGCAGAGGAGAAGAACAAGACAAGGUGGUGGAAGACUGCGUCCUUGAAGUGAAGGAAGACUCCUGCGGCGGGGAUGGAUUCGGCAGUGACAGGCCGCCCUUGGAGCAGAGCAAGCCUCCCCGGGGCACACCUGCGCUGGGGACCCCCAGCAUCUACCAGAGCCUCCAGUGCCACCAGGUCCCCUGCCUAUCAGCGCUCCCAGAGAAGCUGGAUUUGUCCAUCCUUGGUGCAGAUAUGUUUAACUUAGAUUUUCUUACACAAGAAAAAGAAGGAAGUGAGGCUGCCCAGAAAGCGUACUGA